GUCAACCCCUAAAAAAGAUGAGAGAAAAAUAGGAGGAAGAUAAAGAGAGGGAGAGAGAGAGAGAGUGAGAGAGAAAGAGAUUGGAGGAGGGGGACUAGCACGCAGGACGGAAGGAAGGAAGAAGGGAGGGAGUGAGGGAGAGAGAAAGGGAGUGGGUGAGCGGAGUUGCGAGGCAAACCCGGGAUCACAUGAGCACAUAUCUGUUUACAAACUGAAGCUGGGAGGCCGAGGCAGAGAGGAGCAGGAAUCAGAGGAGCUAACACUCCGGGCCCGACACUUAUACACUCCACCCAGGACCCUUUCACAAGAACAAGGAAAUCUGGAUGAGCUGAAUUCUAUCAUCAGCCAUUGUGGGGUCUUUGUUUUAUUUAUUUAUUUUCCUUCUCCUGAAGAAGGAAGGAUUGAGAGACCAGAUGGUUUGAGGCGGAGAGAAAAACACUCCCCCACAUAGGCUGCAUACAUGCAGACGCGCACACAGCGAAGAGAAAUACCAGCCUCAAGCUAGCUGGAGGGUGGUGGAAUAGGACUGUGUGUGCUGCCUUUUGUUUCUCUUUUUUGGAAGGGGGCCUGCGUUCGCUCCAGAGAAGGAGGAAUACCCCUCACGGAUCAGCCAUUUUCAGAAAGACAGAAAGGCUGGAGGACUCUCUGACAUCAAUGAGGGACGAGGCUCGUCCAAACCUUUUGUGAUAGGGCUUGUGGAGGUGGACAAAGACUGUUUUCCAGAGGAUUUUCCUUCUAGAUGGAGCGUCGCCUCACCACUGUCAACCUGGACCAUGGCAUUGUUUUUCAUACAGUUGGACACCUCUUUGUAGGUCACUAGACCAUAAGGUCCACGUAGGCUAUCAUCAAGGAACUGCAGUCCACAACCAUCCAUCUUGAUGACACUGAACGUGGUCUGAGGUUUCUUCUUGUUGUUUUGUUGUGUGUUAGCAUCUCGACUGGGUUCCUUUCUCCAGAGCCUAGGAAAGCUAGCAAGGACACGGCUAACGUUAGUAUGGGAGCACGCUCUUUGUCUUUGUGACAAGGCGACCGUUGGUCGACAACAAGCUAACGUUAAUUCGUCUGUGUGUCGAUAUCGACGACGACGAUUAAAUUAAGGGAACAAGGGGUGGGGGGAGAAAAUGAAUGAAGUAACGUUAAAGACAAAAACGAAAUAAGACAUCAGCGAGGGGGCGAGUUCUUUCUCGCUUCUUCUCUUCGAGCUUCCGCAAUUUUUUGACUAGGACGAGAUUCAGCACGGAUAAACAAAGUGGACGCGACGCUUAGCUUCUGGCUUUUGGCUGUAAAGCGUCGUGAGGAAAAGUGUGGGGCUGCCCGUUUGGUUUGGACUCCCUCAGCCUUCUCUUCGCCUCACCAAACCCUGAACCCACCGAGCUAGCCUUUCGGACUCGAGUUACAUGCAACCAUUCCAAUGGUGUAACGGCUGCCUCUGUGGUCUAGGGCUGCAGCGUUCAGACUGCGAUAUGACGUCGGAGGAUCUGUAUCACCUGCCGCUCAAUGUGUAUGUCAUCGUACUGGGCAUUGGCCUUUUUGUCUUUAUGCUCAGCGUCAUCUUCUGCUGCUACCUGUUCAGGUUGAAACAGCAAGACACUAGACAGCAGUACAGCUACAAUGAGGUGGUGCUGAAAGGGGCGGGGAAGAAGCUGAGCCUUCUGGGACAGCCCUGUGCGGUCUGUCUAGAGGAAUUUAAAGCCCGUGAUGAGCUGGGUGUGUGUCCAUGCUCUCACACCUUCCAUAAGAAGUGCCUGUUGAAAUGGCUGGAGAUCCGCAGCGUCUGCCCCAUGUGCAACAAGCCAAUUAUGCGACUACACAAUGACAACACUCCGCGUGGGGCCGAGGGGCCACAAGACCCUGAGGAGGUGUGACCCUGAAAAAUGUAACCACCCAAAAAAAACAAAAAAAUUACAAAA